CUGACCUGACGUGUGGUCGUCUGUUAAGUGAAUGACAUCAUGCGGGCUGCUGUCUGUCUCCAUCUGCAACAUGACGCCUUCAGACACUAACGGUUAGACGUGUAUUUACGGUCUGCCGUUAAACUUCACCCGGUGUGAUGCAGCAGAAGUUGUGUUCCAGAGGUUCAGGUUCUUUCCUCUUGGAGAGGAACGGCCAGGCAUGUGGCGCCAUCACUGACCCUGUCACCUCCUGCGACCUCCCCUUCCGCUGCCCCCGCUGCGGUGAGCAGGAGCGUUUCCGCAGCCUGGCCUCGCUGCGCGCCCACCUGGAGUACCGCCACUCGUACCGCUCGCCGGACGUGGUCACAGGUGCCUUCAGCAUCACCGGGAAACUGCCCGACCCUUUGACGGCGGCGAUCCCCUGGCACGACAUGAGCCUCCCGACCCGCAGGGGGCAGCAGAGCGGGGGGCGGCCUCCUCACGCACGCUCCCUAAGUGACAGCAGAGACAGCGGAUACCUCCACUCCUACAGUUCUGUGAGAAGGCGCACGCAAAGCGUCGGCGAGGAGGAAGACAAUGGUGAAGAGAGAGAUGGAGGUAGAAGUGAGGAGGACAUCAAAAUGUCCCCAAAGAAGUCAGAUGCAAGUCACCAUCACUUUAACCACCAUCACUUCCCGUUCCUGCCUCUGGCUUCUCUUGGCCCCCCGCUGGACCCGGACCUGGACCCAGACCUGGACCUGGAUCUGGACCUGGACCUGGUCGAGCAGAACUCGUACUCUGGGUUGGAGACGGCGGCGGCCUCGGCCGCGGUGCGUCGGCGGCUGGCCAGCAUCCUGCGGGCGGCCGACAGCACCAUGCAGCGGCGGCUGGCCAAGGUGAGCACGGAGCUGGCCCAGACCGACACGGAGCUCCUGUGUGAGCGCGCUCACUCGCAGCACCUGGCCCAGGAGAGGCAGGAGGUGGCAGAGCGGGAGAGGUCGCUGAGCCGCCAGGUGGACGUGGCUGUCAUGGUGAUCGCCGCGCUGAGGGAGCAGCUCAACGCCUCGGAGAAUGAACUGGAGCGACGAGAGAGGGAGGUGAUAACCAUCCAGAAGUUUCUGGAGGCGGCGGCUCGACAGGAGACCUGCGGCAAAGUCCGGAUCCAGCGCUUCAUCGAGAACCUGCUGAGACGCAUCGCUCUGGCUGAGAGACUGGUGGAGUAUUACCAGGUCAACGGCAGCCCGUCUCAGUGCAACCACUACAAGCAGCACCAGCAGCCAACCAAUAAUGGACCUCACAGAAUCACUAAAAGCAGGUCGGCGGGAGGUCAGCUGUCCUCGUCCGGUCUCCAUGACAGCAGGACCCACUCCUCCUCCCAGUUCGGCAGCCGUCCUCCGUUCUCCAAACCCGGCGCGGAGCGAGACCGGGAGCGGGAGCACCGGGAGCGGCUGGCCCAGUCGUCCAGGUUGUUCUGCCGACCCGAGCACAGAGACGACAUCUGGAACCACCAGCGCCGCCGCUCCGCCGGAGAGGCUUCACAGGCUGCUCUGGGUUUUUACCUCAACAUGGUUCAACAUCUUGUUCAUCAGUAACUGAUUUCCAACAUUUCCC